AUGGCGGCAGCAGACGCGGCUCCCCAGUUUGGAGCAGAGCUAAAGGAUAACUUCAAACCUGUCAAUACUUGGGUAGCGAACGGCAUAUCGUGGCUCGACGAGAUCCAACAAUUCUAUCGCGAGCGCAGCGUUAUCGAAAAAGAAUACGCAUCCAAGUUGACAGCCCUCUGCAAGAAAUACUACGACCGCAAAUCGAAGAAGAUUAGCCCACUGAGUGUCGGCGACACCCCCACCCUGACCCCGGGCUCCCUUGAAAGCGCUUCCCUGACAACCUGGACUACCCAAUUGAGCACCGUUGAAGCUCAUGCCGCCGAACGCGAUAAAUAUGCGACAGAUUUGCUCGCCCAAGUGGCAGAACCGCUGAAGCAUGCUGCUUCUCAGUAUGAGGAAAUCCGCAAGUGCCACGUCGACUACCACAGCAAGCUAGAAAAGGAACGGGAUGCAGCUUACGGUGACUUAAAGAAAGCAAAGGGUAAAUAUGAUGGAGCUUGCCAGGAGGUUGAGUCACGACGAAAGAAGAUGGAGUCGUCAUUUGACCAUAGCAAAGCGAAGGCCCAGUCAGCAUAUCAACAACAAAUUGUGGAGAUGAACAACUACAAGAACCUAUAUCUCAUCAGCAUCAAUGUCACCAAUAGACUAAAGGAGAAGUUCUUUCAUGAAUAUGUGCCCGAGAUUCUGAAUGGCUUGCAAGACCUCAAUGAGACUCGCGUGACCAGACUCAACGCAUUCUGGACUCUGGCCGGACAACUGGAGAAGACCUCGCUCAACAAUAGCGUGAACCACGCAACCAAUUUACUGAACGAAAUCCCCCGCAAUGUCCCUCGAUUAGAUUCGAUGAUGUUCCUCCAACAUAAUGUCACGCAAAUACAAGAGCCCGCAAACAUGGGCUUCGAGCCCAGUCCUGUAUGGCAUGACGAUGCGACGAUCAUCACCGAUGAGGCUGCCAAGGUCUUCCUACGCAAUUUGCUCGGCAAGAGCAAAUCUCAAGUCCGUGAAUUGCGGGUAGAGGCCGAUAAGAAGAGACGUGAGCUCGAGAGCGGCAAGAAGGUCCAAGAGGGAAUCCGGCAGGGCAAGGAUAACCGUAGUGAGCUCGACAUCGUGCGAUCUAUCUUCUACAUUCAGGAGGGAUUACAUGAAAUUGAGCGCAAAUGGUUGACAGCCGAGGUUGAAACAUCCACCAUUAUAGCCGUGGCAGGAGACCUGUCCAUGGGAGCCCAGAACCAUAACUUCCGAUCUCAGACCUUCAAGAUCCCAACCAAUUGUGAUCUUUGUAAAGAGCGCAUAUGGGGUUUGUCUGCCAAGGGCUUUGACUGUCGCGAUUGUGGCUACACCUGUCACAGCAAGUGUCAAAUGAAGGUGCCUGCUGAGUGUCCAGGAGAGCAAUCGAAAGAGGAAAAGAAGAAACUUAAGGUGGCACGUCAGGAACAGGCGAAUGUCAUGCCUGCAGUCGAUGUUGAGUCCUCCGCGGCUUCGACGCAAGCUCCGUCGCUCACACGACAAAACACCAUGACCUCCCUCAGUUCAGGGUAUGCCGCCAGUGGUGCCCAGCCCGUCUCCAAUGUUGCUACACAGCCUACCACCGAAACUCCAGCAGAAGGAGCGCCAGCAUCUCAGGCGGAGACCAAAUCAGCGGCAGCGAAGAGUCGCAGGGUCCUGGCCCCGCCACCAACUACUUAUACCGGCGCGCCGGCUGCCACGGAAUCCAAGUCGAAGGAAUCAAUGGGCAAGAUGCUCUAUGGCUACCAGGCCACCGGAUCCGACGAGGUAACCGUGCAAGAUGGUGACGGUAUCGCUAUUCUUGAACCUGAUGAUGGAUCUGGAUGGUUACGGAUCCGCGCCGGCUCUAGCGAGGGUCUUGUCCCAGCUUCUUAUGUUGAGGUCACAACCACACCGUCGCCUGUCCCCUCUGCCAGUCCUGCCCUCACUGACCGACCGGGGUCUGUGUAUUCCAACUCUUCGGCCUCGCUGGCGGGUAGUGGUGCGCUGAAACGAGUUGGACCGGUCGUGGCCCCACGUCGAAGGGCCAAGAAGCUACAAUACGUCGAAGCCUUGUAUGAUUACGAGGCUCGCAGCGAUGUGGAAUGGUCGAUGGCGGAGGGUGACCGAUUUGUCCUCAUCAAUCGCGAUAGCGGUGAUGGUUGGGCUGAUGUGGAGCGGGGUGGGGUUACUAAGAGUGUUCCGGCGAACUACAUCCAGGAUGUUUAG